AUGGAUUCGCCAACACCAAACCUCGGCCUUCCAAAGCGAGAGGAAAUAACCUGUCCACAGUGUAAUAACAUAUACACCAAUCCCAAACAAUUGCCCUGCUUGCAUGUUCUCUGCCUUGAAUGCCUCAACAACUUGGCAACGACGAGCGCACAAGACAAGAUCAAAUGCCCGAUCUGCCAGAUCGAAGUACAUGUUUCAGACUCAGGCUCGAUGGAAAAUCUGCCAAAUUGCCUCCAUGUAAAUAAUUUGCUCGAUAUUUUGGCCAUCAAAGAGCACCACGCUUCGAGUGUGACUUGUGUAAACUGUGAUCAGACAUUCGAAGAAGCAUCUUAUUGUUUUCAUUGUGACAGGUUCUGGUGUCAAGCUUGUUUGAAUGCACACAACGUUUUGAAGGAGAACAAACUGCAUCGUGUUUUGGCUCUCAAAGAGAUUGGAGACUUUGAAGAUGUCCUCAAAGGUUCAGUCACCCCUGUGGCCGGCCCAUCGUCUGAGCAAAAAGAUCACAGUAGUGAAGACAUGACUGCCAUAAUAAAUGACAUUUCCCGUAGGCUUGAUGCUGCAAGAGAACCAUCAAGAAAAAUCACCAGUUGCAUUCACGUUCUGGAGGAGAACACCCGUCUAGUGGAUUACCGUUCCAGGACCAACAAGGAACGCAUACAACGAACAGUCAAUUCUCUUAUCUUGACACUUCAACAGAAAGAGCAAGAAUUGGUGGCUGAAGUGGAAAACCAGACCAUUAAAGCGAAAGAACCACUCGAAAAAUCCAAAGGCGAAUUACAAGAGAAAUUAAAACAGCGGGAGCAAUUUAUUUCGCAGAUUGAAGCUCUUAUCCAACGCAGCAAGACUGCUGGAUUACUACCGAGUACCAAACUAAUAAUAGAUGAGCUAUUUGAAGGACUCCAAGAGCUAGAAGACCCGGACAUGUUAUCCACCACUGAAUGGAAAACUGUUACUACGUUUGCUAAAAACAACGAAAUCUUUCAAUCCCUUCAAAGUCUCGGAAUCGGCCACCUUACUACCACAAAAACUGCAACAGAGGCAAACCAGUGCUCGGUAAAAUGGUUUCAGACUGCUACAGUCGGGCUGGAGGCAGAAAUUGAAGUGAUCACCAGGAAUUCCGAGGGAAAACAGUGCUACUGCCCGGGGGAUUAUAUGACUCUGCAGCUUAUCUCAGCAGAGGAUCGCAACACUGUUGUUGAAACGAAAAUCACCGACUAUAAUAAUGGCAGUUACAAGAUUUCUUUCAUCCCAAGGGAGGGUGGACAUCAUUUACCAACCAUUCAAGUAAAUGGAGAAACCGUUGGUGGUUUUCCACCCCUUCUUAUCAACCAACGGUCGUACUUGUCUGUCAGAGCCAUUAUGGACGGAGUUAUAGAGACCCAGACUCUUCAGCACAAUGUUUUUCACCGCGUGGCCCAGGCUUCGAGACCAGCUCGCUCGAGAGAGAUGGAGGAGAAGACUUUAAAGCGUCCUUGGGGAGUGACUGUUAAUGACAAAAAUGAAAUAUUUGUAACUGACUUACGCAACAAUCGAAUCGUAGUUUUCAAUGAAGUAGGAACGUUCAUCAGGUCCUUUGGACACAAACUGGUAAAACAUCCAUCUGGAAUAUGUAUAAAUAGUAAAGGUAUGAUUUUCGUAGUAAACAGAGGUAACGACAAAAUUUUACUUUUUAAUUCCAAGGGUGAAUAUGUUACAACAGUUCACAAUGGUGACUUGCUGAAGCAGCCACGGGGAAUAUCGCUAGAUCCGCAGGGGAAUAUUUUUGUCUGCGACACGGGAAAUAAAUGUGUUCGCUUUCUUUCUCCCAAUGGAAGCAUUUUAAAGACAAUCGGAAAGGGUGGGUUACAGUUCCCAUUUGACUGUUUGUCGUACAAUGGGAAAGUUUAUGUCUCGGAUCGUGAUUCCCUGCUUAUUAAGGUAUUCAGUGCAAACAAUGGGAGCAUUUUGCAUGAGUUUGGUGUUCAAUCAUUAGGGGAACCAUUAGGACUAGCAGUGGAUAAAACAGGCCACCUUUUGGUGUCUGGAAUUCUGUCAAAUUACCACAGGGUUUUUGUUUUUACUAUGGAUGGCAGGCUUGUCACUAAAUUUGGGGGAUCAUUUGGUGGGGAGUUGGGACAAUUGAACACACCUACUUCUGUUUCGGUUUUAACAAAUGGUCGUAUUGUUGUUUGCGACUGUCUAAAUUUCCGUCUUCAAGUUUUUGCUUAG